AUGCCUCAAACAUCCCCUCGGCUCGUUUGGACACCGGUGCAAAUAGAAGGCGAAAUUGGGACUUACAAGUCGGGCAAGAAUCUUAAGAUUGUCCUAAGGCGACCCAAGAACGGGAAUGCUCUGAACGCAUCCAUGCUCGCUCGAAUCAAGGAAUCUUACCAGAAAGCAGCCAACGAUGACAGUAUCUCUCGAAUUGUUCUGACCGCCGAGGGGAAAUUCUUCUGUACAGGAAUGGAUCUGGGGAAAUCGACUACGGCAGUUGGCCAGGGCGAAGAUGCUGCCUCCCGAGCAUUUGAACAGUUCACUACACUCUUUGAGACCAUCCAAGAUUCACCCAAAGUCACGAUUGCAGCCAUCAACGGGAUGUGCUACGCCGGAGGAAUUGGGCUGGCAUUUUCUAGCGACAUUCGUCUGGCAACUGUCAAUGCCACGAUGGCGCUGAGUGAGGUCAGGCUUGGCCUGUGCCCAGCAAUCAUCUCCAAGUACCUUGUGCGAGAAUGGGGUCUUGCAUUCACACGAGAGGCCAUGCUGUCAGGCAGGACAAUCUCCAUGGCCGAGUUGAAGCAAAUCGGUGCCGUGCACGGUCUUGCAGACGAUGAAGUUGCACUCAGUGCGCUCUUAGACGAGUAUCUGACCAAUUUGAGCACCUGCGCCCCUAGUGCCUCCAAGAUGUGCAAAGAUCUGGCGCAAGAAGCCUGGCUACGAGGCGGCACGGCUGAGCAGGAUGCUGCAAUCUACAAGAUGUUCAAAAACAUGAUGGGCCCAGAUUCGGAGUCUGCCAUUGGGCUCCGCAACUUCCAGUCGGGGAAGCGAUCCACAGAUUGGGACAGUUUGAAUCAUCGGGCAAUAGGAUCCAAGCUAUAG